AUGAGUGACAAUGACUUGAAAACACACCCAUUGGUCGUGUUGGUUUCUGAUAACGGAGAACCCUCACUGUCAGCGACUGUGUCUAUUGAUGUAGUGGUGGUUGAAAGUACAGGUGAAAUCCAGACUCAAUUCAGAAAUGUACCGAGAAAGGAGGAGAGCUUCUCUGAUUUAAACUUGUAUUUGCUGAUCGCCAUUGCCUCGGUGUCAGUGAUAUUUUUCCUGAGCCUCAUCAGUUUAAUAGCUGUAAAAUGCCACAGGACAGACGACAGUUUCAGCAGGUACAGCGCCCCAAUGAUCACCACACAUCCUGACGGGAGCUGGUCUUAUUCUAAAUCUACUCAGCAGUAUGACGUGUGUUUCAGCUCAGACACACUGAAGAGUGACGUAGUUGUUUUUCCCGGGCCGUAUCCACCUGCAGAUGCAGAACUGAUCAGUAUUAAUGGAAAUGACACGUUUAACAGGACUCAGACAUUACCCAACAAAGAGAAGGUAAGAGUAACAUGCUUCACGAAUGUGUAAAUGUUUUUUUAAACCCCAGCACGGUUUGGUAUUGCAGUUUUGGGGAAAAUUACAGACAUUUGUCAAUUGUAGUUGUAUCAUGGUUUCAGACUUAUAAGCCUACACGUGUUUGCAUGGUCAAUUUUAUUUUUUAUGUCGUAUGAGAAUAUGUAUUGGCAUACUGUACAAUGUGCAAAAGAACAUCGCUGUGAAAGUACGGACGCUGUCGGUGGUGGUGAAACGGUUAGUGUACUUUGGUUUCGAAGGGCAGUGACCUUUUCGAAUCAAUGCUUAUCAUCGUUGAAAGUGGAAUGGACUCAUUCAAGUGGUAGAACAUUUGUUUUAUUUUUUGUUUGUUUCUCUCUCUGCUUUGUCUCCCCAUUAACUCUCAAUCUGGCAGUUGUUAUAUGCAUUCAAAUAAGGACAUCUGUCCUUAUGUCUAACCUUUAUUACCACUAUUUAUACGUGACUAUAAGAAAAACUCGUUUUAAAUGUUCCCAAGUUUGUCAUUUCACAUUUUGCAGUUCUUAUCAUGAGCGAGUGUAUUCGAAUUCGACUCUACGGUGUGGUUGACUCUAUCGUGUAGUUCAUUCCGAUUUGAGACAACAUUGGUCGCUGGUUAUACACAGUGAUCUUUGCUUUUUUGCUUACUACUAUCACAAUAGGUACAUUAUAUAGUAUUUAAAUUGAAUUAAAUCAAAAACGUAACACAUGGUGUCGCUAUAGACCACGAAAAGCAGAGAAGUCACAGAUAUUUUAAUACUCCUCCUCUGAAGGAAAAAAAGAAUAAGGUUGGCAGAGCGCUUUGUGAAGAGAAACAGUCGAGUUGUGAUGAGACGGAGAGGGCUGAGCUGUGUACAGAAUGUCCAACAUAUAACGGAAUAUUUCGGGUUUUGAUGGAUACAUGACCUUACUUUUUGGGUUCAUUUUUUUUCUAUACAUGCUACAAUGGAUCAUCGAAGACAAAGAGAAAGCGUUUGGAUUCAGUGCGUCGCGUUGCUUUGUUUAUUUGACUGGUCUGCAGCGCAGAUCUCUUACUCCGUUUCAGAGGAGGUGGACAAAGGCACGUUUGUUGGGAAUCUAGCUAAGGAUUUAAACCUGAAUGUACACGAACUGGAGUCAAGGGGUCUAAAGAUUGUUUCCGGACAGAGUAAGAGGUAUUUCGAGGCUAAUUUGAAAACUGGGACACUGUUCGUUAACGAGAGAAUAGACAGAGAGGAGCUUUGUCCGAAUACGGUAAAGUGCUCUCUAAAUAUACAGGCCAUAUUGAGCCAUCCUAUGCUUCUCCACCGCAUUGAAGUAAAUAUUAUUGAUGCAAAUGACAAUGCACCGUCAUUCUUAGAACAAUAUCAUACAUUUAACAUUUCAGAAUCUUCUUCACCCGGUGAGAGAUACCCUCUACCUAUAGCUAUUGACGCAGAUACGGGCAGUAACUCAGUAAAGAGCUACAAGCUGAGCCCGAAUGAAUACUUCUCCCUGGAUGUACAGAGCGGUGGAGAGCAGAGUGUGUCUGCUGAGUUAGUGCUGCAGAAAGCUUUAGACCGAGAGAAACAGCCUGUGAUCCAGCUCACACUGACCGCUCUAGAUGGUGGAAAACCUCCCAGAUCUGGGACGUCACAAAUCAUAGUUCACGUAAUAGAUGUCAAUGAUAACUCGCCAACAUUUAGCAAAUCACUAUACAAGGUCCGUGUUAAUGAAAAUGUAUCUUUAGGGACACAAAUAUUGAAGUUAGAGGCUACAGAUUUAGACGAGGGUCCAAACGCUGACAUGUUAUAUAGCUUUAUGAAGCGUGGAAAUGUCAACUAUGCAGACAUGUUCUCCAUAGAUUCACAAAGUGGUGAGAUUACUGUAAAGGCGAAUUUAGAUCACGAGGAAAAUGCAGCAUAUGAGAUACGUGUGCAAGCGACAGACCAAGGCCCCUCGGCCCGCAGUGGUUACUCUAAAGUGUUGGUUGAAAUUAUUGAUAUCAAUGACAAUGCUCCCGAAAUAUCUGUGACGUCACUUAUGAGCCCAGUGAAGGAGGAUGCUGAGAUAGGGACAGUGGUUGCCUUGGUGACAGUUACAGAUAAAGAUGGAGGUAAAAAUGGCUUCAGUAACUGUAAACUCGUAGGGUCUGUUCCUUUCAAACUAAAGUCGAACUACAAAAACGAUUAUUCUUUACUGGUAGAUGGGCAUCUGGACAGGGAGAGCGCUUCUCAAUAUAACGUCACCAUCACAGCUACGGAUGAAGGCAGCCCGCCUCUUUCCAGCACCAGCUUUAUUACUGUUCACGUUUCUGAUGAGAAUGACAACGCUCCUCGCUUCUCAGAACCCGUGAUUAAUGUUUAUGUCAAAGAGAACAGUCCGGUAGGUGAGGUCAUUUAUAAGAUGUCUGCUUUUGAUCCUGAUUCAGAUGACAAUGCAAAGAUGA